AAGCCGCGCAUCAGUGGCAAUUUCGUAAAAUCAUUCCACGAUCUCUCAUCCUGAAAUCAAAUCCAACGGCCAUGGAAAUCCUCAACAAAUUCUCACUUCUGUCUUCUACCUGAGCUUCUCUCAGCCGCAUCAACGGCCAUGGAAGCCCUCCACAGAUUCUCACUCCGUCUCCUCCCGAUAUCUCUCGCUGACAAAUGCAUUAGACCUUCCAAAUUCAUCCCGACAUCCCACCCGAUUAUAGUGCCCAUUUCCACACCGGAUAUCCUUAAUCGAAGUUCUAGAAGAACCUACACUUCUUCUUCGUCUUCGUCUCUGACUGCUAAAGCUGGUUGGCUUCUGGGUCUUGGAGAAAAAAAGAAAAUGAGCUCGCCUGAGAUUGUUAAAGGAGACCCGGUCUUGCAUGAACCGGCCCGAGAAGUUGACCCGGAAGAAAUUGGCUCUGACAGGAUACAGAAGAUAAUCGAUGAUAUGGUUAAGGCUAUGAGAAUGGCGCCUGGGGUUGGUCUUGCUGCUCCUCAGAUUGGGAUUCCAUUAAGGAUCAUAGUCUUGGAAGAUACAAAAGAAUAUAUUAGCUAUCAGCCCAAGGAAGAGGCGAAAGCACAAGAUAGGCGCCCUUUUGAUCUCCUGGUGAUCUUGAACCCUAAGCUUAAGAAGAAGAGCAACAGGACUGCAUUCUUUUUUGAAGGGUGCCUGAGUGUGGAUGGAUUCAGAGCAGUAGUGGAGCGAUAUCUUGAUGUUGAGGUUACAGGUUUUGGUCGUGAUGGUAAACCAAUCAAAGUAACUGCUUCAGGCUGGCAGGCACGUAUUUUGCAGCACGAGUGUGAUCAUUUGGAUGGAACUCUCUAUGUUGAUAAAAUGGUGCCUAGAACAUUUAGAAGUGUCGAAAAUUUGGACUUACCUCUAGCAGAGGGCUGCCCCAAGCUUGGUACCCGCUAGCUGAUGAUGGUCAAAAUUGAGUUUGCAAUGAUCGAAUUUCAACUGAUGAUGAGGAAGAUGAUGAAGGUUUAAGAUUUUGUUGUUGCUGCUUUCCCUAGAAUACAGAGGAAAGUACAUGCUUUAUCGUCAGUGUAUUUUUUAUUCACGAAUUAUGUCAUUUAUAUUGAAUGCCAUCUGUAAAUUUGAUAUUUAGGCUUCAAGUGCCUUUUUGCCAUCUUUGGAAUGAUUUAAGAAGUUGGUUGAUUAUUUCGGUCUCUC